CGGUUCAUCUUUCGUUGUAUAAACAAGUUGGGUAGGGAGUUGCGAUUAACGAACGCUCGACCGCUGUCGACAUUGCCUUUAGAUCGUUGAAGAAGCAAGUUUUCAUAUUGAAAGCUUAGUCUCGAUGGACGUAAAGGUAUCUAUAGGAGAGGAGGAGGGUGGCUUGAACACCUCGAUCAAGGUGGAGGUCCAGAAGGAUGAAGGAGGAGCUUCCCUGAAUAAUGCAUCGGCGACUGCGCGAACUACGGAGCAACAAGAUCCAGCAAAAGUGUAUGCAGCUGCUAGAAAACUGGCCGAUGUCAUCAAAGGCGCCAACGUCGAAGAUAUCAUUUCCACGAUCGAGACGCUUGCCUGUCAAGCUGAUUCGUCUGCCAUUUUCAAUUUCGGGAGGCUAUCGAGGGGUUCGCUGCUCCACAUUGCAGCAGCCACCGGCAAGAGCAACAUCCUAAGGCUCCUACUUGAUCGUGUCGAUGCCCACCUCAUAGCCGCCCAAGAUGAUUGGGGAAAUACCCCUCUCCACCUCGCCACUAAGGCCAAGGCAAUUGGAGUCAUCGAUAUGUUGAUUUGCCGGGCAAAAUACCUCCGCAAUGUCGAGGACAAGCCCCUCCUGAGGAUUAAGAACAGUCAUGGAAACACCGCUUUGCACGAGGCCGUGCUUACACGUGACGUUGACCUGGUGAGCCAUUUGUUGGGGGAAGAUUUGGAGACUGUGUACUGGGAGAACGUGGAUCAGAAAUCUCCCUUGUACCUGGCCCUCGACACUGGCAACCCCAAGAUACUUGAGGUUUUAUUAUCGAAAUCGCUCGACCCAUCGAAGAUACAAGGCUUGCCGCCCGUUUUUGGUGCCGUUGCACGUGAACAACAUGAUUUACUCGGCGAGAUACUCAAAAAGAACGUGAAGAUUUUUGCAAUGACAGACUCCAAAGGCGGUAAUGUAUUCCAUCUGGCAGAUUUCUGGAAUGUGACCCGAGUAUUUGACCUCUUACAACCAGAAACCGAAUAUUUGGCUCGAGAACCAGACAAAAAUGGGGAUCUUCCAAUUCAUAUUGCGAGCAAAAGGGGUCAUGUUGAACUAAUCAAUAAGCUACAUCCGGUGUCACAGUGGGUAAAUGGGAAAGGACAAACCGUUCUUCAUGUGGCAGCAAAAUACGGAAGAGAAGAAGUAGUGAGAUCUAUACUCAAACAUCCGGAUCUGAGGGAGAUGAUAAAUGAAAGAGACCAUGAUGGAAAUACACCUUCACACUUGGCAGCGAAGUAUUUGCAACCCGCCGCUUUGGUUCAUCUUGUCCUGGACAAAAGAAUGAACCCCUCCCUUCUCAACCACGAAGGCUUGGCUGUUGUCGACAGUGCUCCAAAUGACUCACCAACAGCCACUAUGUUACGGUUGGGCUUCGUACGCGCCCUGUUGAAGACCGUGUCAGCUAAGAGACCAGAUCGAUUCAUAGUUAAGCCAGAAGAUCGAGACAAAGUGUACACGGGCAGAAGUUUGUCAGAUCCUGCCAAUUUGAAAGAGGCUUUCAAUACCUUGUUGGUGGUGGCAGCGCUUGUGACCACUGUGACUUUCGCAGCUGGUUUCGCAGUUCCUGGAGGAUUGAACAGCUCAGACAUGGCAUCCAAAGAUGACAGGGGCAUGGCUACGAUGCUGGGCAAUAGAAAGUUCCAGGAAUUCGUGAUUUGCAACACCUUCGCGAUGUUCUGCUCAAUGACCUCGGUCGUUGUCUUCAUGUUAGCAUACCAGGCCGAAGGCAACAUAAUGGUAAGUAACUUCAAGCUUGCAAAAGAGCUACUAAAAAUGUCACUCCCGGCAAUGUCCUGCGCUUUCUUAAUUGGUGUCAACUUGACCGUUGGCAAACUCCCUUGGCUUGCCACCACGAUAUCAAUUAUCGGAUCUAUUUUCAUCUUCAUCAUCACAGGUUAUUUAUAUUGGUGGGGGUUUGUUGAAUUAUUAAUCUCUCGCAUCGUUAUCCCCUACCUUCCUCCUAUUAGUCCUCUGAUAUUCAGGUGUAUCCUCGGGUUCCUUAAUUUUGUACGAGUUGAGAGGACGCUCAUUUCGGAUGACUCAAAAGAAGACAGAACGGGGAGCAAGACCUCUGCUAGUCCGCCUCUGGGUGGUGGCGGUAAAGAUUGAUUUGCAGAAACAAAUAUAUAUUUGCCUCGGUGGAUUUGGCUUAUUCUAUAUUUGCUUUCCUAUUGCAUUACAUUAAUGAUGACCGUUGAAGUAUUUAAGUUCAA